AUGUCGUCAUCAUCAAGGCUGUUUUUUCGGUUGCUCCGAACCUACUCUUCCAAUAAGAUGUUAACAACGGCAUCCUUGCCAUCCAUGGGGAUCAUGGGGAUGACUGGGAGUUCAUCAUCAUCGUCAGGCAGUCUCUCGGGUAGCACGACAUCAGGCAUGAAAAUUGUUCAAUAUUUUCCAAAUUUGAAUUUAUUCAAAAUUAUUUACGAAUAUAACAACAAUACUACUAUGAGCAAAAUAGAAAUGACGAAUCAGCAUACAGAAAAUAAAUACGAAUUUCAAACUAUUGAAAAUGUAUCGGAGUUUGAAAAAGACAUUGAAAAAGAACUUGAACCCAGUCAUGUCAUCCAAAAGCCUUCUUGUGUGCUGUAUAGAAGUAUUCCAACCAAUUCAGAAAAUAGUUCUAUAGAACCUUCAUUUCUUCAGCAAAAGCAUGAACAUACAAACAAACCUAUUCUCGAGCACGUGAAUAACGAUGAGAGCAAAGAUAACGUGUUGCUGAUUUUAGAUAAGGGAACGAAAAUAUUCUCAAUUGAAGAAUUGGAAAAGGGAGAAUGGCGUCUGGUGGUAGUGGCUUCUUCUUUGUGGCUCUCACAACAGCAGAAAAAGAAGGGAGUGAAACGUCAAAUAUCUGACGUUAUUUCUACAGAAAGCGAAUCAUCUAAUGCCAAUCCUACCCUUUCAAGCGAAGAAGAAGAAUUGACCAGAGUUUAUGUGGGAUAUAUACCGUCUCAUUAUGCUGGAAAGUUAAAUAGAAAAACAAUUUCUUCUAAAAUUAAGGAAUCAGUGAGCAGUACAGACAAUGUGACAACUGGCAGCAACAGUAUCAGCUCCAAUCCUGAGUCAAGCCUCCACAAUGAGGUCAUUUCUAAUUAUGAUAGCCACACCAAAACUUAUUCUUUCAACAUGAAAUCCAUUGGCGUCUUUCACUCCGUAUUUCCUACAAAGAAUGGAUGUCCGAGACAAUUUGGUUUAGUAGAUGCAAGUAAGGGAAUUCUUGAAGUUACUAUACCUCAAGGAGACAUGGCUCUCGAUGGUUUGGAAAAAUUCAGUCACUGUUGGCUUAUAUUUGUAUUUCAUGAAAACUCUUUGGAAAGCAACGACCGUGUGAAAAUUAGACCUCCAAGAAUGAACGGCAAUGGCAAGGUAGGAAUAUAUGCCACUCGAUCUCCGCACAGACCCAAUGGCAUUGGAAUGAGCGUUGCAAAAAUUGACAAAAUUGAAGGAAAAUUAGUGUACUUAUCUGGAGCUGAUCUUAUCGAUGGCACACCAGUCAUUGAUAUUAAGCCAUACAUUUCAAGGUAUGACAGCUUGCCCAACACUGAAACUACAGUUCCAGAAUGGAUCCAAGAGGACACAUUUGUGCAAAAAAUUGAUGAGUCCAAAAUUUCAUUUUCUCAACAGGCAGUAACAGAACUCGAACAGCUGUUACCAAAGCUACGUUUUUAUGAUAAUGUAGAUUCUAUGAAAAAAGCCAUUAUUCAAGUUCUGCAAAGCGAUCCAAGACCAGUCUACAUGCGCAAAAGACGAGAUGACAAGUUGUAUGGUUUUCGAAUUGAUAAUGCCAAUGUGAGAUGUAAAUUCGAAGAGGAUGAUUCUGUCCAAAUAGUCACCGUAGAAUUGUGGGAAGAAUGA